AUGGGGAAACAGAUGUCCAGCCCCGAUCACCCGAGCCUUUUUCAGAAUGGAGCGUACCCAGUCCCUGGCAUGCAUAAUCCAUUUUUGACCGUCAACCAGCUUCUUAACCCAACCCCGCAACCUCAGUAUUACGAAGCUCCUACGGAUUAUGGAUGGCUUGCUGCCUCUUCCCCUCCAGCAACAGAAGGAAGUAUGAGCCCUGGAUAUCACAAAACCCCAAUGAAACCACCAGGUUUCAAGGGCUUCGCCUCAUCCUCAAAGCAACCCACCGAGUACGAGGUUCCUCGCAAGCGUGUCAAGCACAACACAGCUCUGCCGGUCCGCGGCAAGGGCACAAGCGCCUCAAAGCAGGGUACUCCUCACGAGUCGAAGUACAGGCACUCAUCUGGACCAGCUUCUACCCCACGUUCUCAGCGCCCGAAGCCUAACGUUGCCGUCGAGUUCACCGAUGUUGCCGCCCAUACAGCCAAGUGUGAUCAGUGCAACGGUCGUAACAGGGAUGGGAUGAGUCGCUGCUGUGCCUGUGGAUGGCAGUGCUGCCGCAAGUGCCUCACCAACCGCGCUGGUGACCGCUCUCACCCCUCUUUCACCUGCAUUCACAUCCCAGUGGAUGAGCCAGGCCUGUCCACCCGUAGAAACGCAGCCAAUGCAUCUGCAUCUGGAUCUCGCUCUGCCUCUGUUUCUGCCUCUGCCUCUGUAUCCGCUGCAGCUGCAACUUUGAAUACUCCAUGCCCAGUUCGAAACGGCACGACUACUGCGAGUUCGGCUUCCCCUUCUGUUUCAUCCAUUGCGAAGUCCUCUGUUUCACCUACACCUGCUCGGCGUUCGGGCUUUACUGCUGUUUCAUCCAUUAACACGCCUUCACGUCCUGCUCCUUCUACGCAAAUUCGUGCUCCUGUAUCUGCGCGAGAGUCCGCUGCUCCUCGCCCUUCUUCUGCUGGUGCAACUCCUGAAGCCAAAGCUGCAAUUCUCUUGAUGGAUAUGAGCUCGGAAUCCUCACUGUCUAGCAAUGGUGCAGCUGAGGCCUCUAGUUCCGCCCCUACUCAGGAGCGCGAUGCUGAAGCUAUGGAUACCAAGGUCUCAAUGCUGUGGUCGACUGAUGAUAUGGAUUUUCCCUUUGGUGAGGAGUUUGACAACGUGCGCCGCAAUCCUUCUCGCCGCGCCAGACCGAUCGACAUGAAGGAGUAA